GCGCUCCUCCAUGAGGCAGUGCUGGCGCCCUUUGUGGGCAUAUGUUGGGGCUCUGGUUCUCUAGGGGUGGGGCACAGGAGUGGCUCCUGCCUGAUACCAUUCUCCCCUAUGUCUUUCAGUGCACUCUUCUGCCCGGUGGUCCUGGCAUUGACCAGCAUAGACGGUGAGCCUGGAGGAAGAUUUGCCUUGGGCCCACUGUCCCUGGGCCAGUGUCCAUCAGCCAGGUGCCCAGCCCUCUUCAGUGCACUGAAGCUUGGCCCUUCCUGGUGCCCUCGUCUGCUGCACUGAGCUGUGUGAGCUCUCCGCCCAGCAGAGCCCCUGGCAUUGACCAGCAUAGAUGGUGAGCCCAUUAGGAAGUUUUGCUUUGAGCCUGCUGGCCCCAGACCAGUGGCCGUCAGCCAGGUGUCCAGCGUCCGAUGAGCUGAAGCUGGGGCCCUCCUGGCAUCCUGGUCUCCUGCAUUGAGCUUGUGAUCUCUUCUGCCCAGCAGAGCCCAUGACAUUAACCAGCACAGAUGGUGAGACUGGAGGAAAAUUUUUGUUGGGCCCACUGAACCUGGGCGAGUGUUCAUCAUCCAGGUGCCCAGCCCUUGGUGUGCUGAAGCUCAGGCCUUUCCUGGCACCCUGGUCUCCUGCAGUGAGCUGUGAGCUCUUCUGCCCAGCAGAGCCCCUGGCAUUGACCUGCAUAGAUGAUGGACUUCCUCCCUCCAGAGGAAGACUUGUGUUGAGCCCGCUGACCCCAGGCCAGUGGCCAUCAGCCAGGUGCUCAGGCCCUGGUGAGCUGAAGCUCAGGCCCUUCCUGGCACCCUGGUCUCCUGCACUGAGCUAUGAUGGUGAACCCAGAGAAAGAUUUACAUUGGGCCAAGUGUCUCUGGACCAGUGUCCGUUAGUCAGUGUGUCCAGCCCCUGGUGCACUGAAGCUCAGGCCCUUCCUGGCACCCUGUCUCCUGCACUGAGCUUUGUGAGCUCUUCUGCUCAGGUGGGUCCCCUGGCAUUGACUGGCAUAGCGAGCUCUUCUGUGCAGGUGGGCCCUUUGGCAUUGACCAGCAUAGAUGGUGAACCCAGAGGAAGACUUGCGUUGGGCCCAAUGUCUCUGGGCGUGUGUCUGUCAGCCAUGUGCCCAGCCCCUGGUGCACUGAAGCUCAGGUCCUUCUUGGCGCCCUGGUGUCCUGCACUGAGCUGUGUGAGCUCUCCUGCCAAGGUGGGCCCCAUGGCAUUGACUGGCAUAGGUGAGUGGCAUGAAUGGGUCCCAUGGAAGACGGCUUCUCUGAAGACCUGCAGAAGUGACCAUGGCUCAGGCAGCAAAGAGUUUCUUCAGCCCCAUGCAGGACAGCUCCCAGAUGAGACUCUGUGCAUGGUGAGCUCUUCAGCUCAGAAGGGCCCCUUGGCCUUGACCUGCAUAGAUGGUGAGCCUGGAGGAAGACAUGUAUUGGGUCUGCAGGCCCCAGGCAUGUGUCUGUCAGCCAGCUUCUCAGCUCCCAGUGUGCUGAAGCUCGGACCCUUCCCGGUGCCCUGGUCUCCUGCACUGAGCUGUGAUGGUGAGACCAGAGGAAGACUUGCAUUGGGCUUGCUGUUCCUGGGCCAGUGUCCAUCAGCCAGGUGCCCCAGCCUCUGCUGUGCUGAAGCUCAGGCCCUUCCUGGCACCCUGGUGUCCUGCACCAAGCUGUGUGAGCUCUUCUGCACAGGUGGGACCUGUGGCCUUAAGUGGCAUACAGGUGGUGAGCCUGGAGGAAGACUUGUGUUGGGCCUGCAGGCCCAGGGCCAGUGUCCGUCAGCCUGGUGCUCAUCCCUUGGUGUGUUGAAGCUCGGACCCUCUCUGGAACCCUGGUCUCCUGCACUGAGCUGUGUGAGCUCUUCCACUCGGGCGGGCCCCCUGGUAUUGACCUGCACAGGUGAGUGGAUUCUGCUGAUGUCCCGAGCCAUGAGCCAGGCCAUAUGGGGUCACCAGGGGUCAGCCUAUGGGAUACGAGGGUUUCCUGAGGGAGCCAGCCCGCAUUUCCACGAGAGAGGCAUGAGGUUUCCAGAAGAGCAACUUUUGCUGUAA